AUGGGGACAGAGAACGACCUUGACGUCGAGGCGCAGACGGAGCCUCCUAUAUGUGGCCCAAAGUCGAAGAGUUCUAUAGCCUUUACAAUCUCUCCAUCGCCGACCCCUGCCGGCACCUUCGUGAAUGCCACGGUCGGGCCCGAUGCCGAUGCUGAACCUGGUGCUGCUGCCGCUACCGAUACCGAUGCCGAUGCCACUCCUAUCACUGUAGGCACGGGCCGUGCUUCGCUCGCGAGCACCGUUGACACUGUCGCCGCCACAGCUCCCUCUUUCUUCCCAGAAAUCGCUCAUACGCUAUCUGUGCCCGAUGUGUGCGCUCUUCUCGAUACUGAUGCCGAUGCUGGUCUGGGUGUAAUUGAGGCUCCCCCACCCUACGACUUGCUGGAUCCACUAUCCGAUCUCGAUCUCGCAUCGGUGACCUCACUACGAAUUACCGACGCUCAACAUCACCACCAAUGCAUUGCUGACCAGUACAGAAAUGGACUCAACCCUGCCGAGGCUGGCCGUCGCCUUCAGUGGCAUGGCCUCAACAAGGUUGAGGGAGCUAAAGGGCUAUCCCCGCUCACGAUACUCAUAAGACAAGUGAGCAACAGCUUAACUCUUGUCCUUGUAAUGACCAUGAUUCUUUCGUUCGCCAUCAGUGACCACAUUGAGGGCGGCGUCAUUGCAGCAGUCAUCCUGCUGAACAUCGUGGUCGGAUUUUUCCAAGACUACCGUGCGGAGCAGACAAUCCAGGCGCUCUAUGCGUUGUCUGCCCCUACGUGCAAGGUUAUCCGGGAUGGUAAGGCCGAGACGAUCAAGGCAGAGACCUUAGUUCCAGGCGACCUGGUUCGCUUGAAUGUUGGAGACAUCGUUCCAGCCGAUCUUCGUCUCGUACAUAGUAUUAACCUGUCCACGGAUGAUGCUCUGCUCACGGGCGAGUCCGUACCCGUCAGCAAGCAUGCCGAGAUUAUCCUUAAGGACCGCGACGUCCCGCUGGGCGAUCGCGCCAACAUGGUUUACUCGGCUAGUACCGUCACGCGAGGCCGUGCCACUGGCAUUGUGGUCGCUACUGGCAUGAUGACUGAGGUCGGCAAAAUUGCGGCUAUGCUGAAGAGAAGCUCCGGUAAGACGGCCGACGUGGACUCCGGCCGUGUCCAGGAGGCUUGGAUCCGGUUCCGCAACGGACUGCGCGUUCUGCUGGGCCUGGACGGCACCCCGAUGCAGGUCUCCUUGAGCAAAUUUGCUCUACUCCUUUUUGCCCUGGCUAUCACAUUGGCCAUCAUCGUCUUCUCCGUCAGUCGCUGGAAGGUGACGAGUGAGGUGCUCAUCUACGGCAUCUGCGUGGCUGUUGCCGUGAUCCCAGAGUCUCUAAUCGCUGUCCUUACCAUUGCUACCGCACUCGGCACUCGUGCUAUGGCUAAGGGCAACGUCAUAAUUCGCAAGCUGGCUUCCCUCGAGGCUGUUGGCGGCGUGACCAACAUUUGCUCCGAUAAGACGGGCACGCUGACCCAAGGUAAGAUGGUUGCCAAGCAACUCUGGCUUGCCGACGGCACAGAGAUGUCCAUCCGGAACACCACUCAUCCCUUCGACCCCACGAGCGGAAGCGUUCAUGUGGGUGAUGAGAUUUACAAUUGGGGCAUCUUUGACAAGACGAAGGCCUCCUUGUUGACGGCAUUUCUUAAGACAGUUGCUCUUUGUAACAACUCUCUAGUCACUAAGACUGAAUCAGCCUACACCGCUGUUGGCGAACCCACCGAGAUUGCCUUGCAGGUUCUGGCCAUGCGUUUGGGCAUGGGGAAGCCAACGCUAUUGGAGCCUGGCAAUCGCCAGCUCCUUGCCGAAUACCCCUUCGAUUCGUCCUGCAAGAUGAUGACAGUCGUCUACACGGAUGAACAAGGGGCUUACGCAUACACCAAAGGUGCUCUCGAGGCCAUCCUUCCUCUCUUGGAUGCCUCUGAUGAGCUGAAGGCACAAGCCGUAACCAGAGCCGAGGCGUUGGCUGCCGAGGGCCUCCGUGUUCUCUGUGUCGCCCAGAAGAUGGUCGAUCCUCGAGACUUUGGUCUUGUAUCUGAUAAUGCGGACACAGAAAAGGUUUCACCAAUCAUCAAGACGGCUACCCCUGAACGUUCAGCGGUCGAAAGAGGCCUUACGUUCCUCGGCUUGGCUGGUCUUUACGAUCCUCCAAGGCCCGAGACAGCUGGAGCCAUUAGAAAGUGCAAGGACGCUGGCAUCCAGGUACACAUGCUCACCGGCGACCACGUCAAGACCGCUACCGCCAUAGCCUACGAAAUCGGCAUCCUCAAAAAAGGCGCUCUAAUUGGACCCAACGACGUCAUGUUAGCCACCGCCUUCGACAAUCUUACUGAUGCCGAGAUCGACGCAAUGGACCAUCUGCCCUUGGUACUUGCUCGGUGCAGUCCGACGACCAAGGUCCGCAUGGUUGAAGCUCUUCAUCGGCGCAAGGCGUUUUGUGUCAUGACCGGAGACGGCGUGAACGAUUCGCCGGCGCUGAAGAAAUCUGAUGUCGGUAUUGCUAUGGGUCUGAAUGGUAGUGAUGUCGCCAAAGAGGCGGCAGAUAUGGUGUUGACGGACGAUAACUUUGCGUCUAUCGUUAGGGCUAUUGAGGAGGGCAGGCGUCUGUUUGACAAUAUCCAGAAGUUCCUACUUCACCUCCUAGUCUCCAACAUCGCCCAAGUCUUCCUGCUCCUCAUCGGCCUCGCUUUCAAAGACCCCCAUGGUAUCUCCGUCUUCCCUCUAUCUCCUCUCGAAAUCCUCUGGGCCAACCUCGUCACAUCAUCUUUCCUGGCCCUUGGCCUCGGUCUUGAAGAGGCCCAGCCAGAUAUCAUGCAGCGCCCUCCCCAUGACCUAUCCAUCGGCGUCUUCAACCGCGAACUCAUCGUCGACAAGUUUGUCUACGGCACCGCCAUGGGCGGUCUGUGCCUCGCCGCCUUCACCAGUGUCGCCUACGGUGUCUCUCGUAACGAGGGUCUAGGCUUGGGCUGCAACGAGGACUUUGCCCUGGGAUGUUUGGUCGCAUUUCGUGCGCGGGCGACCACAUUCGCUACGCUCACGUUCCUCUUGCUUGUCACGGCCUGGGAGGCGAAGCAUUUCACCCGGUCGCUGUUUAACAUGCACCCAGAACGGUACUCGGGAGGUGUUCUGUCAUUGUGCAGGACCGUUUGGCAAAAUAAAUUCCUUUUCGGCGCUGUCACGGCCGGAGUCGUCAUAGUGUUUCCGGUGAUUUAUUUGCCCGUGGUGAACAGGGCUGUGUUCAAGCACGACGCUAUUACGUGGGAAUGGGGGAUUGUGUCUGCGUGUGUGGCGGUGUAUAUGGCUAUUGUGGAGGUCUGGAAGGCCCUUAAAAGGAGGUUUGGCUUGGGUACUACUGUCUUGAAGGGCAGGCUUGAGAGUGAGGUGUGA